AUGAAUCGCCAGGGUAGUGAUGUUAAAGAAGAUCAGGGAAAAAAGUUGUUUGUUGGUGGAAUUCACCACAAAACCGAAGAGCAGUCCUUGCGGGACUACUUUUCGAAGUUUGGAGAGAUAGUCGAUGUCGUUGUUAUGAAGGAUUCGCACACCGGAAAACCCAGAGGCUUUGGCGAGGAUCUCAACAACUAUUUCUCAACUUUCGGCAACGUUGUCGACGCUCAAGUUGUAAUGAACAAAGAGACCAAUGAAUCCCGCGGCUUCGCCUUCGUCACUUUUGACGAUACCGAUGCUGUUGAUAAAGUCAUAUUGGCUCGGCCUCACAUGGUAAAGGAAAAUAAAAUUGACGUACGGAAAGCCCUCAGCAAAGAAGAGAUGGGAAAGCUCCGUUCCAGACCCCCCAGAGGAGGACCUCCACAAUACUGGAAUCACGGCCCACCCGAUUACCGUCAGCAAGGUUGGAAUCAAGGUUAUAACCAGGGUUACGGUGCGUCAAACUAUGGUCCAGCUUAUGGUCAAGAAUCAUACGGUAAUGGGUAUAACUAUGAAAGUAGUACAGCUCAGUCCUGGGAUUAUCCUCCAAACCCCGAAACUUUCGGCUCCUAUCCUCCCCAACAACCCUACAGCGGUGGUCCUAUGCGCGGCGGCGCACACUACCCUAGACCCACUCCUUACGGUGGCCCCAACAAUUGGCAGCAACGCUAG